AAUACGUUAGACCUGGAGGGAAGCGGCGAGACCACCCAAGGCAACGUUAACACCCUGCCGGACGUGUCUGUGGACGAUGUCAAACCCCCCUCAGAAGAUCUGCCUGGCAUCAAGCCACCUCCUCCCCCACCACCAUUGGCUCAAGAUCACGACCACCGACUUGACCAAACACGGAAGCCAGGAAGGGAGGACCCUACACCUCUGUCUUCUGCUGGCCACUCAGGCACUGUCUUCUCAGCACCACAGAAUCGAAGCCCACCACUGGGCCCUGCACCUACCCCAGGGCCCCCCUCAGCACAGGACUCGCCCUCCUCGCCCAUUUAUGCUUCCGUCUCCCAUGCCCACCCCAGGUCUAGGAAGCCGCUGGACACCCACCUGGCCCUGGUUAACCAGCAUCCCAUCGGCCCCUUCCCUCGGGUCCAGUCCCCACCACACCUGAAGAGCCCUCCUGCAGAGACCCAAGGGGCCGGGGCCUGCCUUCCGUCACCAUCGUCCUCUGAUCACCCUGCCCCUGUGGGCGCAAACCAGCACUUUGUCUUGGUGGAGGUGCACCGUCCGGAUAGCGAGCCUGACGUGAAUGAAGUCCGGGCUCUGCCCCAGACACGCACAGCCUCCACUCUCUCUCAGCUCUCAGACAGUGGGCAGACUCUAAGUGAGGACAGUGGUGUGGAUGCUGGGGAGACAGAGGCCAGCACCUCAGGCCGAGGCAGACAGACAGCAUCCACUAGGAGCAAGAAUGGCAAGGAACUGCCCCGGACGGAGAGGACCACAGAGGGUGCCAAUAAACCUCCUGGCCUCCUGGAGCCAACAUCCACUCUAGUCCGUGUAAGGAAAAGUGCAGCCACACUGGGCAUCGCCAUUGAGGGUGGUGCCAACACACGCCAGCCUCUGCCCAGGAUCGUCACAAUUCAGCGAGGAGGUUCUGCCCAUAACUGUGGGCAGCUCAAGGUGGGCCACGUGAUUCUGGAAGUGAACGGGCUGACACUUCGGGGUAAGGAACACAGAGAGGCGGCCCGCAUCAUCGCCGAGGCCUUCAAGACCAAGGAGAGAGACUACAUUGACUUUCUGGUCACCGAGUUCAACGUGAUGCUCUAGGGAUGGAGCCAAGACCAGGACUGUAGAACAAGGUCACAGGCAGACUUUCCAUCUCACCCUGACACACAUACCCUGCCUGGUCCCCUGGUCAGACAAGGCAAACAGAGAGUCAGAUCAGAAUCUGUGCACCAGAAACACAGUAGGAGCUCAAUAAAACUGGUAGGGAAGGAAGGUAGAGCCCCUUUUUCUGGGCUGGAUGGGGGUGCUGCCACCCCUAGACGCCUAGGUCUUGGCUGUGAGGUCACAGGAGAGUUCACAGACUGCUUCCUGCCGGGGGACUUUCAGUGCCACAAUGAGCCGCCAGCACGCCUGUUCACACCGGUCGCACCCCCUCCUCCUAGCUCAGUGUCCUUAUGGUAUUUAUUCAUCUAUUUCCCUUCCUGCGCUUCAGGGGACUCCAAGCCCCAAAUUCCCUUUGCACCCCCAGCCUAUCCUGGAGGCCUUUCAGGCGACCAACAAUGUCGGUGUAUUUAUAUACAGAGCUUAUGACUUUAAUUUUUCAAUAAAGCGAUCUGAACAAG